AUGAAGGAGAUGAGGGCCAAGGUGAUCGCUGAGUGCACCCUGAAAGAGAGCGCUGCCAUCAACCAGAUACUGGGUAGAAGGGUGAGCAGCGAGCACACACACACACAUAAUGAAACAUACACACUCGCACUGAAAUACACACACACACACACACACACACACACACACACUGCUGAAACACACACACACCCAUGAAUACUCACGCAGCAUAGACAGAUUCAUUCCCAAAUCCCUCAUCUCAUCCCCUGCUGUUGAUUUCACACAUGAGAGAUGGACUUGAGAGGAAUAUCUCAGUAAUGUGAAUUACUACCUUGUGAGUUACCCCCUGCACCUGACUGACUGCUGACACUAUACCAUUAACCAAGAUGCAGAAAUAUCUCAAUGUGAAUAAUACCAUAGUUUAUAAUUGUGUUUAUAUCCCAACAAAUGCAUCCAGUGUCACCUAUUAGAGACGAUCAACACAGAGGUUCUAGUCAUGGGAACUGAUGUCACAGUUCUGAUCUCAUCAUUGUCUCUGCAUCAUUGUCUAGGCUAAGGAACAAAAUCUAAAUGGUUUCUUUGUUUUGUGUGUUUGUGCAUGUGUGUCUCCCCUGCAGUGGCACGCCCUGACCCGGGAGGAGCAGGCCAAGUACUAUGAGCUGGCCAGAAAGGAACGGCAGCUACAUAUGCAGCUCUACCCCAGCUGGUCCGCCAGAGACAACUACGUAAGGCCCGCCUCUUCUGCUUACACACACACAGCAUGAUCACCACACCCUGCCAACUGUCAAGCAAUAAGGCUAGUGUCUACACAUAGAAAUAUAAACCUAUUCUAUCCAAUCUAUACAGUAUUUAUUUGGCACAUUUCCAGAGUUGGUCAUGUAUCAGUGCAGAUGAUGUUAGAGAGACUAGUCCAGGGUUUCACAAACUCGGUCCUGGGGACCCCAAGGGGUGGACGUUUUGUUUUUUGCCCUAGCAUUACACAGCUGAUUCAAAUAAUCAACUAAUCAUCAAGCUUUGAUCAUUUGAAUCAGCUGUGUAGUGUUAGGGAAAAAAAACCAAAACAUGCAGCCCUUAGGGUCCAGAGGACAGAGUUUUGGAAACCCUGGACUAGUCUAUGACUGUAGUGUUAUGACCAGUGUUAUAACCUCUAUGACCAGUGUUAUAACCUCUUGGCAUGCCAUUCCUUUAGAGUGGGUUUUGAGAAUGAGAUAGGGCAUACUAGACAUUAGUUGGUCAUUAAUGGCUGUUCAGUGCUGUUCAGAGAGGUGAUUUAAUUGGCUGUUGAGUGCUUCGCUGUUAGGGACGCAUGACGAGCUUUGCUUUUAUUACACAUAGCAUUACACAGUCAGCUCCCCUCUCAUCUCUGUAUUACUCUAAUAGCUUUUUAUAUCACUGGUAGUUAUAUGCAUGGAGGGCAGCCUUGUACUGUUGCAACUGGACCCUAGUAUAAGUGCACUGACUAUGAAAUCUGUAAUUAAUAGUGGGCUUGCUUGUAAAAUGAGUUAAUAAGUAGUUAAGAGAAUUGCUUCAAAUACUGUGCAGAUAAAUAUGAUGUGUAGUAGAGAGACAUGUUAACGUCUCUAUGUAAUGUCUGUUGCUGCUUAACUACUCUUCUGUGCUAUGCUCAAUUGUUAAGUUGCUGUUGAACUCUUCCAGGAUGCAGGCCUUAGAGAGUGCGCGGGGGAAAAGAGUAAAGCUGAUUGGGUAGGGCACACAUUUUACCCCCCUAACCGCUCUACUAACAGCAGGGUGGCUUUGGCUUGCUCUCCUCCUCAGGCGGUGAGGCUCGGACUGUUGAGAGGGAGAGGACAGCUGGGAGCUGGGCUGGAGAGGCUUUCUGGGCUUUGGGGGGACCACUAUUAG